UGCUGGUCUAUUGACGUGUCUGAAAUGACAACUACAAAUUGAAGUCCGGUUUUAUAUUUUAAAGAUAAUAUUUAUUGAAUUAUAAAUAUAGUUAUUUGAAUAUAUUCAAACAUAUUCUUCAAAUACACCUUCAAUUAACUUUAAUUUUGUCCACCAUCAUCUCAUAAGCGAAAAAUGGCAUAUAGCGGUGGCCAGGGUGCUCCAAAUGAUUACUAUGCUAGCGGCGGGGAUCAGUCAUAUAACUUCGAAGUUCCAGAAUUUGGCCAAGAAUUAAAUUUUCAAACCUUUGACAAUACCGAAGCCUCCGUUCCACCCAAUUACGAUGCUAGCUAUGGAGGCGCUAGUCAAGGUCUUGGCGGUUUCUAUGAUCCUAAUGCCUACGUAAAUCAAUCUUACGACCAAGAUUCUGGUUUCAAGCCUGGUGGCACGGGAAAUGAUUUUGAUGAUGAGCCACCUUUGUUGGAAGAAUUAGGAAUAAAUCCGCAUCAUAUCUUUCUCAAGACACUGGCAGUGCUAAAUCCAUUGCGUGCCACCGAUCAAACUAUUCUGCAGGAUACAGAUAUGGCCGGCCCACUGGUAUUCUGUUUGGCUUUGGGUGGUUUUCUCCUCUUGAGCGGCAAAGUAACAUUCUCAUACAUUUAUGGCAUAGGUGUGAUGGGCUGCAUCGCCUUUUAUUGUCUACUGUCGCUGAUGGCAACACAGGCGCAAGUAACCUUCGGCGCUGUGGUCUCUGUGCUCGGCUAUUGUUUGCUACCCAUGGUGGUGCUGUCCGGCAUUAACGUUUUAAUCACCAUACAGGGCACAUUGGGUCUGAUUGUCGCUGGCGUGGCGAUACUUUGGUGCGCUAUGUCCGCUUCGAAACUAUUCGUGACGGCCUACUCCAUGGACCAUCAACAAGUGCUGAUUGCGUAUCCGUGUGCCCUCCUCUAUGGCGUCUUUGCUUUGAUUACGAUUUUUUAAAAUACACAAAACUAUCAAAUCUAACUUAAUAUAAUAGUGGCCUAAAUAACCUCAAUAUAAGAACCUAUAUUAAUAAUAUUAGUGGCUUUAGCAAAAAUUGGCGAGAUAAUAAGUAGGAUAUGCCGAACGAAACAACAAUUUGGAAUUUUAAGCGAGAACAACUGCAUAUAUUAUUACUAAAUUCAUAUUUUUUAAUAAAAGGAAACUGAAAAA